AUGGCUCCUCUCCUCCUAAUUGCCACCUCCCUCACCUUCAUCUACCUCCUCACCCUCGCCCUCGGCCUCCAAGGUCGCACUCGCAGACUCCCCCCAGGCCCCCGCGGCUGGCCACUCGUCGGCGCCCUUCCAGCCUUCCGCCGCGCCACCGCAAGCAGCGCUGGCCUCACAGCAUGGCUCCUCAGUCUCCGCACGUACGGGGAGCUCACCACCAUCCGCCUCGGGUCUGCAACCUGGAUAUCCCUCAACAGCACGCGUGUAGUUGCCGCACUCAUUGAUAAGCGCGGGAUCAUCACCAGCGAGCGGCCCUACUACCCCGUCGCCAGCGGGCUCGUAAGCCAGCACAAGCGCACCGUCCUCCGCCAGACCGCCGCAUGGAGAGAAGGACGCCGCGUGAUGCAGAGGCUCCUCCUCUCCAGUGCCGACCUCGCGCAGUACGGCGCCUGGGCCGAGCUUGAGAGCACCGCGCUGCUGGCGGCAUAUUUACAGCGUCCGGAACGCUGGUUUGCUCACCACACGCGGUACACGCUGAGUGUGGUGUAUCGGAUCGUGUUUGGGCAGCGUGUGCGGCGCCGCACGCGCGAGGUGGAGGCAUUUGUGUUUGCGGCGGCGGAAUUUGUGGCGAGUAUCAAUGCGAGUGCCGUGGAUUUCUUCCCAUGGGUGGCGACAGUGUUUCCCCAGUUCAUGUGGCGUGGGCGGUGGAAGGAUAUGGGCGAGAGGCAUCGGCAGAUCUAUCAGGCCUGGUGGAGGCAGGUUAAGGAAGCCGUGGACGGGGGGACAGCGCCGCCGAGCUGGACGAGGGAUGUUCUGUUGGCCAAAGAGACGGGGUAUACGGGGAGUGACGAGGAUGCGAUGUAUUUAUCUACCUCGGUGGUUGGGGCUGGUGCGGAUAAUCCCCGGAAAGUUCUUAAUACGUUUGUUAUGGCGGCGCUGCGGUAUCCGGAUAUACUGACCAGGGCGAGGGCGGCAGUUGAUGGUGUCUGCGGAACGGGCGCGGAUAUGAGGCUUCCUAGGAUGAAAGAUAUGGAGUCGAUGCCCUAUAUUUGUGCUCUACUGAAGGAGGUAAUGCGAUGGAGACCGAGUGUGCCGCUGAUUCCACCGCACCAGCUGACGCAGGACCUGGAAUUCGAGGGAUAUCUCUUUCCUAAGGGGACAAUAUUUGCGAUCAAUGCUAUCGCUCUUGGUCAGGAGUGCGAGCAUCCUGAUGACUUCAAGCCGGAGAGAUGGCUUGAUGACGAUGUUUGCAAUGUCAGUCACGGACAUUGGAGUUUUGGUGGCGGGAGGAGGAUUUGUGUGGGGUAUAGAGUCGCCCAGCAGUUGUUGUUUAUUGCUUUAGCCAGGCUGAUAUACUGCUUUGACUAUGAAGCCGCUGGCCCUUUGGAUGAUCGAACUCUGAACCACCAGAAACCAGGAGAACCUUUCCCUGUACAGGUCAAGGUUAGAAGUAAGGAGCAUGAAGCGUUGAUUCUUAACGAGGCAAGACAAAGUGGAGUAUUAGAAGACGCCACUCUAGAGUUCUAA